UUCAGAGAACAGGUGUCUCGCGCAUGUUCCUUCCGAUCUUUCGACCAAGAGAGACAUUUUUAGGACAAUGCCUUGUUCCUGGAACUCCUUUACUCUUGACCGGAUUCGAGGGGCGGUCGCGCUUCACCGAUCGCGAGGCGGUACGCGGCCCUGUGUCAAUGAUGGAUCCUACGUUUUUGCCCCUUCAAGGCGGAGGCGGAGAUCUCGGAAGGAUAAAGGGAUUGCUUUCGAGGCCUCGUCGGGAAAUGGUGAGCUGCCGAGAUACGAUCCUGACUUCACUACAGAGAAUCAGGGUGUUCCUCCCCCGGGUGACUUCUUUGAUGAACUCCCUCCGGCGUUUUCCCGUGACGAGUCUUUGGACAACGAGGAGAGGGACAAGGUGACUGCGGAGGGUGCUCGCUUGGUCAACGAGGCCGUGAGAGUGUGGAACGCAUCGAUCGAUGGAAGUUUCCGUACUGCCCGGCUGGCCCGUUUCAAAGCGGAGGAAACGGAAAGGGAAUUCGCCAAGUAUCGGUUGGAGGUGGAGGAGCAAAAACGCCGGCAAGCCGAGGUCCAGGCUCGAGCCCUCGUUCGUGCGGAAAGGAGCGGGCGGAGAAGAGCUGCCGCCGAGCUGAACCGAAGGGCCGAAAUUUUCUCUACCGAAUUCGAAGCGUACAAAGAGGCUCAGGACUUUGUAGGCGAUUUUCGCGAGUGUCGUGGUUCGGUCGGUACUCUACACAAGAUGCAGCGUGAGGGUUUCUCUCUUUCCGGCGAACUUGCCGCGAUGGAUGGCUCGAUGAGAAUAUGCGCUAACGCCGAAUCCUUUGUUCCUCCGAUCGAAGGGAGAAUUCGAGAGUUGUGGAAUCCUAUCCAAGUCUCGGAAGAUACGGCGGAUGUAGGCGCGGGUUUGAAUGCAGGCGACGGGGGUGAAGAGGUCGACCAGCCCGACUCCUCGUUUGGAAUAUCUCUAACCGAUUGUUAUGCAUUCGAUUAUAAUUUGUGAUAGGCCAAGUGUGGCUGUUUGUAUGUAUGUGUUGCGACCCUUAGGAGGUCGCGUGACUUUGUGUUUCUCGGGAUUGGCCGUUGGUGGCUUUUGAAUCCCUGCUAUGAAUGCUUUUAUGAAUUCUGCGUUUUGAUUUAUACUUUCGUCAAGUGUAGAGGGUUUGAAUACGUGCAGUCACUUCGUAUUCAAUCUCUUUUUUUUGUCGCUUGAUCCGUAGGUUACUUUGUAGCGAACGUUAGGUUUGUAAGCGAUAAGAGGCAAAUUUUGGAAUCUCGUAUUCUGGAUACUUAUGCCUAUGAGAUGUCUUAGAUACCAGCAAGGCCGGGUUUAGGGCAAGACCUAGGUCUACUUUCGGACUGAAGCUGUGCGAUGACAAAUCGGCUUUCGUUUUGCCUGUUUGCGAUUUCGACCUGACUCGUACCGUUUUAGAAUCUGCGAAGUGCUUAUCGGCUUAUAUGAUUCGUUUGGAUACGAGUCGAGCUACUUCCUUUACGAAGAGCUAACC